ACCAAGUUGUUCAUCAUCUUCAACCUCCCAAAGUAGUAGCUCAAUUCUCCUCAAACUCCACAAACCAAAACUUUCCUCUUAUCACAGUGUAAAUGUACCAAAGCCUCUAUGCAUUCAUCUUACUAUUAUCAGUUAUGGUAGCAGCACAACAACACAAUCCCUCUCCCAAUCCAUACCUCACAACCACCACAAUUCUCAACCGCAAUUACCAGAAAAUGGUCAAAACCUUCAAAGUCUUCAUGUAUGAACCAAACCAAACCCAAUUAUUCAAGUUCAGAACAGAACCAGAGUCUCUCUUCUACUCUUCACUACACAACAGCACUUACCUCACCAAAAACGCUGAAGAAGCACACAUGUUCUUCCUUCCAUUCUCCCAUCACACCUCCACGCGCUCCCUCGCGCGUAUCAUCACGCGCAUCCGCAACGACUUCCCUUACUGGAACCGCACCCUCGGCGCCGACCACUUCUACCUCUCACGCGCCGGAAUCCCCCGCGAGGCCGACCGGAACCUCGUCGAGCUGAAAAAAAACGCGGUUCAGAUAUCGUGCUUCCCCACGCCGCGCGUGAGGUUUGUCCCUCACAAGGACAUCACGCUUCCUCCGUUCCUUGACCCCCACGCGCUGGUGAUUUCCGGUGGCGCGUUCUGCGUGUAUGGGAAAGGCAACGUGUCGUGGGUGGGGGAAGCGCUGCGUUCAGGGUGUGUGCCGGUGGUGGUGGCGGAGGGGCCGGUGAACGACAUGCCGUUUAUGGAUGUGUUGCGGUGGGGGGAGAUGGCGGUGUUUGUGGAGAGUGAGGAAGCGGUGAAGCGCGUGUUGAAUGAGAGUGACGCGUGGAGGGAACGGUACGCGCGUAUGAGAAGAUUGGGUGUGGUGGCGAGUAGGCACUUACUGUGGAACCACACUCCUCUGCCGUUGGAUGCGUUUAACACGAUCAUGUAUCAGCUGUGGCUUAGAAGGCAUACAAUCCGAUAUAGAAGCACUCAAUAGAACUCUGUAUAGAACUGUUUUUGUACAAGCAUUUCUAUUUUAUUUUUUUGUACAAGUAGUCUUUAAUUUAAAUUGUAAUUGCAUUUUUAAAAGUGCAGUUUUGGAAACUAAUAAUAUGUUAAUUGCAUUUUUCAAUCA